CACUUCCAUGAGCCCGCGGCGGACCCUCCCGCGCCCCUUCUUGCUCUGCCUCUGCCUCAGCCUCUGCCUGGCCGCGGUCGCGGCCCGGGGAGCAGUGCAGUCCGCUUUUGCCCCUGUUCUUUGCCUCUCGUUUUGUUGGUGAAGAUAUCACAGUGAUGUCUGCAUUCAACCUGCUGCAUUUGGUGACAAAGAGCCAGCCAGCUGCCCUGCGAGCCUGUGGGCUUCCCUCAGGGUCAUGUAGGGAUAAAAAGAACUGUAAGGUGGUCUUUUCCCAGCAGGAACUGAGGAAGCGGCUAACACCCCUGCAAUACCAUGUCACUCAGGAGAAAGGGACCGAAAGUGCCUUCGAAGGAGAAUAUACACAUCACAAAGAUCCUGGAAUAUACAAAUGUGUUGUUUGUGGAACUCCAUUGUUUAAGUCAGAAACCAAAUUUGACUCCGGUUCAGGCUGGCCUUCAUUCCACGACGUGAUCAAUUCUGAUGUAGUGACAUUCACAGAUGACUUUUCCUAUGGGAUGCACAGGGUGGAGACCAGCUGCUCUCAGUGCGGUGCUCACCUCGGGCACAUUUUCGACGACGGACCUCGUCCAACCGGCAAAAGAUACUGCAUAAACUCGGCAUCCUUGUCUUUCACCGCUGCAGAGAGCAGCGGCCCCCAGGGGGACAGUGCGGAGGGCAGCCCGGCCCCUGGUGACAAGACGGAGCUGUAGAGAAGCGGCCGGAGGUGGCGACAGAAGAAACAAGUGUACUUAAUGCACAGCUUAUUAAAGCGAAUCCCAUAGCAUUUUUCUCAAAUCUAUUUUUUCAAAACUAGAAGGGCAGUUUUAUGCUAUUGGUAUUUUUCUUCUUGCUUAAACAGAGGCCCUGGCCAUCCAUGCAUUUUGCUGUUGACUAGAUGGGGAACUGCAGAUCUUGAGUGAACUCAGAGAUAGCUUCGUGAAACUUCUUUACAAUCCACUUACGUAGCAUUUGGCAUUAUUUUCUUCGCCCACAUAGCUUCCUUUGCUUUCUUUUAUUUUCCGCCCCCUUGUUUAAGAGGCAUAAGGUGCUCGGUCUCCAGACAAGAAAAUCAAGGUCUGCUCUGCAAAGCGGAGACCAGGGCUGAGGGGUGGUGGGGAUGUUGAGACCUGCGAGACACAUGGCUGGAGGCAUUUGUGCAGAUCCACCUAAGAUAAGGAUGGAGUGAUGUCUUAGGAGACGUCUCAGCUUUGUGGAAAGUUUGAGCUAAGGUCGUUUAUUCUCACUAAAAGGGUGUGAAGGUCUAAAGUCUUUCCUUAUGUUAAAUUGUUGCCAGAUCUGAGGGGGUGCCCUGAGUGUUGUGGCAGAGAAGUAAACAUUACCUCAUGGUUAGGCCUUUAUUUUUAUUUUUUCCUUGAAAACAUCAGAAUGUAAGAUAACUAUAAAAUGUUGAGUCCCAUUUUGUCUAAAGUUCACAAAAGAAGAAUGCCUGCCAUUGCCUUUUGUAAGUCUGUCCCUCCACACCUAAUACCAGCUGCAGCUGGAAGGGCAUUUUGGUGAAUUCCCCAUGUAAAAUAAAAUAUUGGGAACAACACACUUCAUUAAGGCAACAGAAUAAGAGAGAAAGCAGAGAAGGCUGAGGAGGAAGCCUGGGGCUAGAUGUCCAGAGCCCUGCAGAAGAGCUGACCGCAAGUCACCAGUAGAGCCUGGCAGUGACGAGGAUGGGGACCCUGUGCACAGGGCCAGGUGACCUAGAGGAUGUUGGGGCUUAAAAUAGAAACAGCCGGGAGCUCACAUCCCACCCUUGACACUAAUCUGCUGUGUGACAAGGGACAAGCUAUUUGCUCAGCCUCUCCAUGCCUAUUCUUUAUGUAUAAAUGUGGACUUAGAAUAUUUGUAAAAUAAUUGACACUCUCAGGGGAAAAUUACUGUAUUGCUGUACAAUUAAGAUCAGUGUUGUAAAAUUAAACUGAUCUGGUUCUAAUUGCCUCAAAGGCCGAAGCCCAGGCAUUUGAAAUGGAAAGAAGCAGAGAGGGGUUGACUUAGCUGAUUGGUAUGGAAACAGUUGGGCCAAGAGCCAGAAAUUUUUCUUUGUAGCAAGAUGGCUGGUUUUACUCUAAGAAGCUUGGCUCGGCUCGGUUGCUGUAUAACAUUUAGUCUGGUGGGAUGGAUGUCAUUGAGCACAGUAAGGUUUUUAUGGCUCUGAGCAAUGGUGAUACGCGUUGGUAUUGCCGCCAGGUGUGAAGGUACAGUGUAUGACUGAUAUAUAUUGUGUUUGUAGCCUUGAGUGCUAAGCCCAAAGUGUAGCUUUUAAAAAAUAAUAUUUUGUAAAUUUUUAAAAGCUUAUGAAAACUGACAUCUUUCCUUAUCAGCACCAAGACCAAAAUAAGAAAGAGAAACGUGACAAUCUUAAAGAAAUAAUGAGACACUAAAAUGAAAAGUUGUGAUCAAUCCAAGUGUCAGUGCGGUCAUGCCCACGUCCUUCUGUGUCCCUCCACGUGCCACCUGGUGAGGCCCUGACCUCCUGUGAUCUUCACUGUCACGGGGCCACACCUUGGCCAUUCCAGGCCCAUUGUGCCCUUCCUCCCUCGGCUCCCAGAUGUGGCACCUCAGGUCCUGGGGUCACUCUGGAGUUCACAGGUUUCAUUCCCCUGAGACACUGAAUUUAAAACCCUUGAAGUCUUAGCGUCUAGACUAUCUUAGAAGUCUUUUCUGACCUCACAGAAGGAGUCCCAGCAUUUCCCAGCAAUCCAAGGAUCCCUAAAGACACAGGUCUCCCAGGGGAUGUCCGUCCCUCGUGUGGUCCAUCCUUUGGAGGCUCACACAGCACUUCUUGCGUGGCUCCCUGCCUUACGUGGUGGCCUGCCCUGGGGUCUGCCGGACACAAGCCACAGUGUUGGGCUAGACAAGGAAGAUAACGAGGGGCUUCUCCCUCUCCACAGAGACUCUGGAUUCUCAUUGUUCCUCCAGUUUUAUUGUAGGGCUUAACAUUCCCCUCAAAAAGUUCAUCUUCUAAUGCUUGGUCUUUGUUUCAAGAAAAGCCAGUUUUCUUCUACCACAUUUUCCAGCAUCAACUUUAAGAAAAAUGCAACCUCCAUCGCAGAAAGAAAGUGGGGUGUAUGCAUGUGGUUUAAUUUCAGGUUGCUUUUGAGUUUAAGUGGUAUUGAAUUUCAGUAUAUUUCUGUCUUAUGUUAAAGAAAUAUAUUACUAAAAUGUAAGUGAGCAAUAAUGUCAGCUGUCGAGCACUAGAUUUAUUUUUGCAGGAUAUGGAGUGCAAUGAACUGAGUCAAUAUGGUGAGGUGUAUGUGAUCUGUGGGAGUUAUACCAUUUAACGCAGGAAAUGCAUAGGACUUUCCCUCUCUGCACUCGGGCCCUCCCUAUACCAUUAGGAGACGCAGGUUUCUUUGCUGAUGUGUAAAAAAGUUCUGUCCAUACACUUAGGUAGAAUGAAUCUGAAGAAGGCAACAAUUCGUAUUGUACUAGGAGAUGUUUCUAUGUGUUCAUACUGUUCACUUUAUAGAUACAUUUAAACUCAAUGCAAAUGACAUAGCAGUUUGAAAGUCUCCAUGUUCAUUGAAUUGAAUAUGCCUUGCUUUAAAAUAUGGAGUAUGAUGAAAGGGAUUAGUGUUUUUUCUGAAAGUCAAAUACUACUUUUGCCUUAGACUGCUUUGUAAUAAUAUUUCUCUAAGCAAUUCAAAACUUUUGAAAAAUGACAUGAAAUUUUCAUUAAAGACGUUUUCCUAUGUUUAUUGUAUAUGGAAAUUAUUCAAUAAAAUUUCUUUAUAAAAAUG